AUGAUAAAUUACGACGAAACCAACUUUAGCGAUGAUCCGGGAUCGACAAAAGUCGUAGUGCAAAGAGGACAAAAACACGUCGACAGGGUUAUGGACCAUUCCAAAUGUUCAUUUUCUGUGAUGUUUGCGGGAGCAGGCAAUGGAAAAGUGCUGCCACCAUACGUUGUUUAUGCAGCUCUCCACCUGUAUCCAACGUGGACCGAGGGAGGACCAAAAGGCUGGUUCGACUCUGUUGUGUUCGAGGACUGGUUCUUCACGGUAGCACUACCAUACUUCAAGGGACUUCACAACGACAAAAAACGUAUCAUCAUCGGCGACAAUGUUGCUUCACACCUGAGCUUCCGGGUUCUACAAAGCUGCAUUGCCAACAACAUCAGCUUCGUUCUGCUGCCGCCUAACUCUACACACCUAUGCCAGCCCCUUGAUGUAGUCUAUUCUGGACCGUUGAAAAAGGCAUGGAGAGAUACAUUGAGCGACUGGAAGAAAAAGAACAAAGAGUGUGUUCCUAAACACAUCUUUCCUCGACUUUUGAAGAAGGCUUUGGAGAAAAUUCAGGCAAACAGCGCAAAUAAUAUGAAAGCUGGGUUUAAAGCAUCUGGAAUUCAUCCAUUGAACAAAAAUGCAGUCCUCAAGAUUCUUCCUAGCAGCGGAGAUGAGUCUAAUACUGGAGAAACUGCAGCUAACUCAUCCUUCUCAGAACAGCUAGGAUUAUGCUGA